AUGAUGGAAUCUGCAGAUGAGAAGCCGCCAGUCUUGAAUUACAUCCUCAGCUUUAUUCUAGUAGGCCUCGCAUGGGGCUUUACGACCCCUUUCAUCCGACGCGCCGCGCAAUCGCAUAAUCCACCUGCUCAUCCUGUACUCGAGAGCCCAUCUGUCCAGUCUAGCUGGCUCAAGUCCAAGGUCUACGGUGCCUUCUUUGGUGUCGUUGACUUGUUGAAGAACCCUCGCUAUGCAAUCCCGUUGGUUCUUAACCUUACGGGAAGUGUGUGGUUCUUCCUGCUCAUUGGACAGGCUGAACUAAGCUUGACGGUUCCUAUUGUAAAUACACUGGCGUUUGUCUUUACCGUUCUUGGUGACUGGUAUGUUGAUGGUAAAGUUAUCAGUAAAGAUACCGCUGCUGGGAUGGCUCUAAUGUUGGUCGGAAUUGGCUUGUGUGUUCAAAGUAAGCGUUAG